UCUGGCCAUCAUUCCAUAGAUCAUCAUCCAUCAUUGAUAAACAAACAAACAAACAAACAAAAAUCUUGUAUCACACAUCUAUUUGUAUAUGACAAAUUUGUCAGAGAAAAAAAAAAUAAAAUCAACCAUUUCAUUUUCAACUCCUUAUGAUUUUUUGAUUCAAAAUAAAAAUGAAUUCAACCCAGAUCAUGUCGUCAUCGUUUGAAACGAUUCAAGAUUAUUUACCAGAUUUUAGCAAUAAAACUGAUGAUGAUGAUGAUCAUCAUCAUCAUGGUGCAAAACAUGUAUUUAACGUUAUGAAUGAAAAUUUACAAAUAAUUCUGAUAUUAAUCAUGGUGAUAAUUAUGCUGAUAAUGAUGAUGUGUUUUGCCAAUCACAUACGUCGUACGGUAUGGAUGUCAUCAAAGAAAAUGUUUACAAGAAAUCCAUGUAUUCAUGGUGGCCACCAAAAUCAAUUUAAUCGUUUCAAUCAACGACGAAAUCAAAAUCUAAUGAGUUUAAGACGUUCAACAUUACAAUCAAAUAUUCAUCAUCCAUUAUCAUCAUUAUCACCAUCAACAUCACAGGCAGCAACAUUAUAUUGUUCACCAUCAUCGGCAACCGUUUUUAAUUUAUUAUUACCAACAUUUCUAGAUCAUGAACCAUCAGCUAUUUCAGCAUUUUCAGAAUCAUCAUCAUCUUCAUCAUCAUCAUCAUCAUUAAAUCCAAGGUUCUUGAUACCAAAUAGAUUAAUAGUUGAUGAUUUAUUAUCAUUAACAACCAUAAAUGAUGAUGAUGAAUCUAUUGCUAAUCAAUUACCAUCAUAUUCAGAAGUUGUUGAUGAACAACAACAACAACAGCAACAGGUAAAAGAAUCAAAUAUGGAAAACAAAAUAAAAAAAUCAACAACAAAGAUAAAUGAUGAAGAAAUUCCACCACCAAGUUAUCAAGAAUUACGAUUUGUUUAAAUUUUAAUUUUUUUUUUUUUGCUGUUGUAAUAAAAAUAUUUAGUCAUAAAAA